AUGUUAGUGCUGAUAACACUUCUUCAACUGAUAUUUGCCGAUGCAGACCCAUUUCGACAAAUCACUCCAGACGAUUACGUUUCAUUUACAAAAGACAAAACCGUCUCACAUCUAGUCUUUUAUUGGUCACCGGGGUGUCACUGGUGCAAAGUUCUUCGCAACGACUUAGUCACCCUUUCAAAGGAAGUGCCAUCUGUUGAUAUAGUCGAACUCAAUUGCUAUUUAUACAAAACUUUCUGUAGUACACAACGCGCCUCGAACAUCCCCAAACUGUAUUUAGUUCAAGGGCCGUAUAGUUAUCAGUGUUAUGACAGAGAUAUUCCUUUAAUGAAAGAAUUUCUUCUUUCCCAUCUGAAACGGAAGUGA